UCCCGCAACAUGGAUCGAUUCACCAGCGGAUUCCCACCGCUUAGGAACAUGGUCAUGUGGUGCUUCAUCCUGCUCCAAUCAGUGGCCAUCCAGGACCGGACUCACACCCACGCCGAGGAGCGCCUCUUCAAGUACCUGUUCACCAGCUACAACCGUUGGUCCCGGCCAGUCCCCAACAUCUCCGACGUCAUCAUCAUCAGAUUUGGGCUGUCCAUCGCUCAGCUGAUUGACGUGGAUGAGAAGAACCAAAUGAUGACCACAAAUGUCUGGUUGAAACAGGAGUGGAGUGACUACAAGCUGCGCUGGAAUCCGGCGGACUUUGAUAAUGUCACCUCCAUCCGGGUGCCCUCUGAGAUGAUCUGGAUCCCUGACAUUGUGCUGUAUAACAACGCCGAUGGGGAGUUCGCAGUGACGCACAUGACCAAAGCCCACCUCUUCUCCAAUGGCAAGGUGAAGUGGGUGCCACCGGCCAUCUACAAGAGCUCGUGCAGCAUCGACGUGACCUUCUUCCCCUUCGACCAGCAGAACUGCAAGAUGAAGUUUGGCUCGUGGACGUACGACAAGGCCAAGAUCGACCUGGAGAGCAUGGAGCGCGACGUGGACCUGAAAGACUACUGGGAGAGCGGGGAAUGGGCCAUCAUCAAUGCCGCGGGCACAUACAACACCAAGAAAUAUGACUGCUGCACGGAGAUCUACCCUGACAUCACCUACUGCUUCACCAUCCGGCGCUUGCCCCUUUUCUACACCAUCAACCUCAUCAUCCCCUGCCUCCUCAUCUCCUGCCUGACCAUGCUGGUCUUCUACCUGCCCUCCGACUGCGGGGAGAAGAUCACCCUCUGCAUCUCCGUGCUGCUCUCCCUCACUGUCUUCUUGCUGCUCAUCACCGAGAUCAUCCCUUCCACCUCACUGGUCAUCCCCCUGAUCGGCGAGUACCUCCUCUUCACCAUGAUCUUCGUCACCCUCUCCAUUGUCAUCACCGUCUUCGCCCUCAACGUCCACCACCGCUCGCCCAGCACCCACAAGAUGCCCCGCUGGGUGCGGGCUGCCUUCUUGGACUUCAUCCCCCGCUGGCUUUUCAUGAGGCGGCCUCCAGUGCUAACCCCCUGGGAUAGGCUGAGCGGGGAGUAUGACCCGCCUGGCAUCAGGCUCAGCACCUCCAGGGGCUGGCUGGAAACAGAUGCUGAUAACACAUGGGAGGAGGAGGAAGAGGAAGAGGAGAGGAGGCACCCCGGACGUGCGUCCCUCAAGACAGGCUCCCAUAAACACAGCGGAGCCCGGGCACCGCGCCCGCCUGCCAAAGGGGUCAGCUUGGGGUCGGAUACCAGCCUGCUGCUGUCCCCCAGGAUCCUGAAGGCCUUGGAGGGGGUGCACUACAUCGCAGACCACCUGCGGGCUGAGGAUGCUGAUUUCUCGGUGAAGGAGGAUUGGAAGUAUGUUGCUAUGGUCAUAGACCGGAUAUUCCUCUGGGUGUUUAUCAUCGUCUGUUUGCUGGGGACCAUCGGCCUCUUCCUCCCUCCCUUCCUGGCUGGGAUGAUAUAGGGUCUGUGCCCGGCCCGGAAGGUGGUCCUGCUCCCAGAUCUGUGCCCAGGGAUGGCGAAGCGACAAACUAACCUACCCUGACUGUGGAGCCCCUCGGGCUUGUCCACACUGGAGGAACCUUGUCAAGCCGCGACCCCUUUUGAACUCCCGCUCGUCCCGGUUAAUACCAGUGCAACACCAGUGCCAAAGCCACGUGUCAGCUGGGCCCAGCUCCAGCCGUGCAGAUGCUCACACGCAUUGGGUUUGUACCAACAAGUGAACGGUGUAGGGGAGUUGGGGCAGGAGAACCCUACAGUGAAACCCCAACAAGAUUUUUUCUUGAGUCACUGAAACUGCUUAAAACGAAGUAGAUCAGAAUGGAACCACCCGGGGUGCUCUGUGUUUGAAAUUAACAUGCCCGUAGCUACCUAGCAAGGCAGCAGGUGCGCCUCCUAAGAUGGGAACACAUUGCUCAUGUUGGUUUGGUGAUAAGGUUCAUUUCAUACUGUUCCUCCCAGCCACACGCAGUCCAAUUUAUCCCCCAGGUGUGAACAUAACCCACUGGACAAGGUGUGUUAGAGGUCUCCGUCUGUAGCCUGCAGCUGGGAAGUUCUAACUCUAGCAGCUCAUGCUAUUAGCUAGGGUGGUCCCUGGGUCAAUUCCCAGGGGGCAGCCAUGGCAUAAGCACCCCAGAGUUAAUUCGGGUGAUUGGCACCCGGGUCAGCCCAGCCCAGGUGAGAGGAACCUCACUGCAAAGCCGUGCCUGUGUCCUCACUAGCACUGCACGGCGUGUGUGGGGCUCGGACUUGUGAGGGCAUGUCCCAUGGGUCUUUGUGCUGCUCUACGAUUCUUCCCCAUGGAGCCGGGAGAGAACUUACCUGUCCUUCCGGGUACACAGGGGGAAUUGUGGGAAGGCACUGGAGGACUAUCAAUGGUGGGGCUGCUGAGCCUGUGUCCUCACUGCAAAGCUGGCAGAUUCCAGGCUAAAGGGAAAGCGGCAGCUACCCCCUCAGCGGGGCCAGCUAACCUAGGGUGAAAUUCACUCCAGUGCUCAGCGCUGGCCCAAGAACUAGUCACCACUUUCAGCUGUGUUCUGCCUGGCACGCCGCUUGCAGGUGAGAGCUGGCUGGAGGGUCUUUUCAAAGCAAACAAACAUUUUGGGGGGAGAGGUAUGGUGAAUAGUCAAAAAAAAUUGCUGAAAC